AUGUCCCAGUGGAUAUGCUGUAAUUCGUGCUUUAAGUCUCCAGGACCGGACAUCCACCUGGCUCUGACAAACUGUGGCCAUAUUAUCUGCAACGUAUGCUUUCAAAAAGGAAAAGAAGGUGAGUGUCUGAUCUGCAAAGCAAAAUGUCGUCUGUCUCUGCUGUCAGACAAAAGCAGCUCAGAGGUCAGAGCACUCUUCUCAGAUAUCAGCACGACUGCAGUCAAAUACUUCUCAGAGAUAAGCAAGGUCCUGGAGUUCCAGGCAAGACAGCAGAAAAGGUUACUAGCCCACUAUCAACAGAAGAGUGAAAAAAUGAAGGAGGCUUUAAUCAAAAUGCAGCAAGAAAUGAAACAAAUGUCAAAAAAAAUUACAGAGCAGAAGGCCUACAUAUCCAAGUUAGAAGUAGCGCUUCAGCAGCAAAGUUCCAGAGUGGGAUUGCAGUCUAACAGGGAUUUGCAUGCCUCUAGUUGUUUCAAACCAGCACCUUCAGUGACAAAAAUCCCCUACUCCUCUCCAGUGUGUUUGUCCCGCCAACAAUCUAAUGCAAGCCUAACUGAAAACAUGGACAUUGACAGCAGGGCAUUUUCCAGUAAACCCUCAAUGUCUGGAAGUAUUUCCAGACUUUGUCUCAUCAGCCCACCACAAGAUGGUCGGAUAGGUACCGUUCCCCACAGAACAACAAGGCAGAGCUCUAUGGGUAGCCACUCAAUACAAAGUGCCAGUGUCAGUCGAGUACUUUCCAGUAGCCUGAAGGAACCCAUGCUGGCCUCCUCCAGCAACAUGCUUUAUUGCCGAGAAACGCCGUGGGAAACGCCGGUAUUCAAAAUACCCCCAACUUACAAAUACCCCUCCAUGUCCUCUCUGGGACCUCUGCCCUGA